UCUCUCUCUCUCUCUCUCAGUCCAGAGUCAAGCCGGAGAAGUCAAAGUCAUUAAAUGAAAGGCAAAUGAAGUCAAUAUUUGACCUGGAAGGAAUGGACUUCUCUAAGCCUUACUCAGGAUUGCAGAUGUCACUUGAUGAUGGUGAAUUCCCAGAGUUUAUGGAUUUCACAGAUGUUCUCUUCUCAUCACUAGUUAGCCAACCACAGCCAUUUGCCUUUCCCAACCCGAGGGAGAUUGCUCGUGGAACUGGAAACUCUGAUUUUAUUCAGCCUGGGCUUAUUCAAUUGCAGCCAAAUCUGGAAGAUAUUAUGGACAUAGUAGAACCAUUGCAAGGCUCAUCUACCCUUGCUGGAGAAUAA